AUGCCUGCUGUUUAAAAGUACAGGAGCAGGGAUGGUUUAAAAACUGGCAACUCUAAGCGUAGCAAGGGCUAAGAGUAACAACGGUACAUUUAUAUGUCAGUCUUUCAGUGCACAAGGUGCUUCACACGCACAUUAUCUCAAUAAUCCUUGCAACUGGGGAGAGCCCCUUUUCACUCUGGGCCUGCUUGGAGGCUUGAGCGCUUGCCCUCCCACUCCUUUUGAUGUCAAAGUCAGGUUUUCCACCUUAUUUCCGCUUCAUACAUGAACGAGAGAAGGUCAUGAUUAAACAAAUGCGACCACCAAGAGUGUCCGCAGAAAAAAAAUUUGGGGAGUGGGGAGAUCUAUGAAUCGUCAUAAUCCAUCAAAGUGCAGGAACUGCAGCCGGAAAUAAAAAUGGAGGAGCAGGACCCCACAGGAUCGGAAUCCCGGGGGAGGCUGGAGGCAAGCGAAAGAGAGCCUCACAUGGUCCAAGUCGGGACCAUCAAGGCAUUUCUGACUGGAGAAGGCCCACUGCAAGUUAAGCAGGAGCCAGAGGAAGGGCUGCAGCAGCGCUGGGAAAACCAGUGGCAGGAGUUCCUGAAGACAGUGGAAUCCCCUUGCUCAGGGUGGAGGCACCUCAAGUUACCUGAGCCCAUCUCCGAGGAGGAGACCAAGGAAUUCCAGGCCUCCUUCAAGGAAAUAGAUGGUGCCAGUCAGUGGCCUAGAGGAGAAUGGGCAAUUCCAAUGGUACCGGGCCUCCGGGGAGCCCAAAAACCCGACAGAGGUCUGGAUUCUUCAGCAAAAAGGAAGGAUGAGAUGGCGAGCGAGGACGCCGUGGAUUUAGAGACGCGACGCCAACGCUUCAGGCACUUUUGUUACCAAGAGGCCGAGGGGCCCGGGGAUGUUUGCAAGCAGCUCUGGAAACUUUGCCACCAGUGGCUGAAGCCAGAGAGACGCUCCAAGGACCAGAUCCUGGAGGUGUUGAUCUUGGAGCAGUUCCUGGCCGUCCUGCCUUGGGAAAUGCAAAGCUGGGUCAGCAAACGGAGCCCGGAGACCUGCAGCCAGGCGGUGGCCCUGGCGGAGGCCUUCCUCCUGAAGCUGCAAGAUUCUGAGGGGUGGGGAGGAACGGAGCCAGGGCUGUCAGUAGGGUCAUUGGUGAGUACCCCAAAUUCAGAGCAGGACCCUUCAGACCCCAUGAAGAUGCCGCUGUCUGUGGAAGCCAAGCAGGAGGAUGGCAGAGACGCUCUUUUCUUUGAAGGUGAUGGGCAAAUGCAGGAGAAUGAAGAGGAGACGUUCCAGCUGGAAAGACCUGAGCAAGUGGAUAUCUGCAGAAUAUCCUUGGAAAGAGCCAAAGGGGGAUUCUUCCAGGGCCUUGAGAUGGGGCUGAUACAAGGAAGCCCCGAGACACCAGGAGGCCAUUGGGAAAACCAUCCAGGGAAGGCAGCCAAACAGGCUUUUCUUUACGAUGAAGGGGGCACUGGGUUACAUGACGGUAGUUUUCAGGAGGGAAUAAUCAAGUUUAAGAUAAAGAAAGAACAGACUGACAGUGGGAGCUUUGAACUCCUCAACAGCCAGGCCAUGCAAAUGGCCGAGAAGCCAUAUAAAUGCUUAUAUUGUGGGAAGACCUCAAACUGCAAGGCGAAUCUUGUUGUGCAUGAGAGAACUCACACGGGAGAGAGACCGUACACAUGCUUGGACUGUGGCAAGAGUUUCAACCGGAAAUCAACUCUUGUGAGGCACAAGAGGAUGCACACGGGGGAGAAACCCUACAAGUGCGCUGAGUGUGGGAGGUGCUUCAGCAUCCGGUGCAACCUUAUUAAUCAUGAGAGAAUCCACACAGGGGAAAAGCCAUACAGCUGCUCCGACUGUGGGCAGAACUUCAGUCGGAGGCUGCAGCUUGUCAUACACAGGAGGACCCACACGGGGGAGACUCCAUAUAGGUGCGCCCAGUGUGGAAAAUGCUUCACCCGGCGCUCUUCCCUCUUGACACAUGAGAGAAUCCACACAGGAGAGAAACCAAACACAUGCACGGAUUGUGGGAAAAGCUUUAUUCAGAAAGGAUACCUUCUUAUACAUAGGCGAAUCCACACAGGAGAGAGACCCUAUAAAUGCUCAUUGUGUGAGCAGAGAUUUCUUAAUCGGAGCGAUCUGCGUAGACAUGAGAAAAUCCACAUAGGGGUGAAUCCCACUGAGUGUUAGGCUUAUCAGAGAGACUGUGGCAUCGAUACUGACUAUUCUUUACCUGCCAAAAGGCAGUAAAGUUUCCUAAAGAUAAAAAUGUAGAAUUUAAUUUUUUAAGAAUGUCCUGUUUUUAAAAAAAUCACAGAACGGUAAGAUAAGAGCAAAGAACAAAGGUUUGAUAUUGAAGAUAGUUGGUGAACCAAACCUGAAGCUUUGAAGGCUUCUUAGUUUAGGGAAAAAACGAGACAUGAUAAAAGGGGGGAACCUUUUUCACCCCAUUGUCUGCAUUCCAUUGUGGGCAAUCUUCCAAGGGCAGCAUACCAGUGGUGGGCGGUGCCAGAAGCAAAAGUGAGUGGGGCAGUGGAUGUAACUCUUACCUUUACGCAGGAGGCCAUAUUCCAGCCAUGCAAAAGUUGGACACCCCAUCCCCUCUCUCCUUCCUCCAGCCAGGCUGACAACAGGCAGAAUUGUAGUUGAAGGACACAUUGCAGCCAGGCAGAAGCACUUAAAGGUGCAGAGCAGUGCAAGCGAAGGGUACCAGCUAGGAGGCUGCCUGACCUAGGGAGGGUCCUGACGUCCAAAGAAAGUGGCCUGGAGGACUGCAUUUGGCCCCCGGGCCUAAAGUGCCCUACCCGUGGUUUAUGAAAUGAUACGUGGUGUGGAGAAAGUAGACAGGGUGACGUUCUUCUGCCUUUCUCACACCACCAGAACUUUGGGAGGGCAGGGGGCAUGUCACCUGACAAGAUGGUUGAGCUGUAGAUUCUGGAUACAUAAAAGAAUUUCUUCACACAGUGCGUGUUAACUUGUGGAACUCGGUAGUGGUGGCCACAAGCCGAGACAGCUUUGAAAGGGGUUUAGAGACAGAGAAGAAGAGAAGUUUAUGAAUGGCUAUGAGUUACAGAGUAGCGAUGGAGAAUCUGUGACCCUCCAGAUGUUGCUGGACUCCCAAUUGCCGUCAGCCCCAGCCAGUACACCCAAUGGUCAGGGAUUGUAGUUGUAGUCUGCAGGUCCACAGGUUUUCCAUCCCUGUGACAGAGUCAUAGACUCUCAAAUUUGGAAGAGACCGUAAAGGUAAUCUAGUCCAACCCCCUGCCAGUGAUGGCUAAAUGGAGCAUCCAUGUUCAGAGGCGGUAUGCCUUUGAAUAAGAGUUGUUAGCAAGUGGGGCAAGCAACAGAAGGAAAGCUGUUGUCUUCUUGCCUUGCUUGGGGGCUUCCUAGGAUUGCGGGCCAGCCACACUGUUGGAAUUGGGAAUCUAGAGUAGAUGGAAGGUCCAAUCCAGCAGGGCUCUUAUGUUAUCCUGAUGCUUUUCAAGCCUAAAGUCCUCUUCUUCAGUGGAUAUGGGGAACUUAUGGCCCUUCAGAUUUUUUGAACUACAACUCAGCUUUGACCAUUGGACAUGCUGGCUGGGGCUGAUGGGAGCUGGAGCCCAACAACAUCCAGAGGGCCACAGGUUUCCCUCACCCCUGGAAUAUGCAAAAAUACCCAUGUCUGUAGUAUUAACUCGGCCUUACUGUCUGAAGUCACAUCCUAAUGAAUACCAAUCACAGCAGGAAUUUUAACCGGCCUUCAAGAAAUUGUAUCAACCCAAUACUGAAUCUGACAUUUAUAGCAGAUUGUAACACAGUUUUAGGCUUUUGAGGCAAGUAAGAAGGGGAAGUAAUAAUAUUUGUUCUGCACUUCCUAUGUAGUUCUCUUUUGCUUCUACGGCAGGGGUGGAAAACCUGUGGGCCCUCCAGAUGUUGAUGGUCUUGUAAGAAAUUUCAAGAAAAUAAAACUAAAAUAAAGUUUUUUU